CUACCCAGCAUGCCUUGGGAGUGGAUGUGAUUGAGGGGGCGGAGUCUGUGGUGCUGCCCUGUGGGGCCCCUCCUGGAGCUGCUUCCUCAGUGACAUGGAGCCGUGAGGAUCUCAAUCCCUCCACCAUUCAUGUGCAUAAGAAGACAAGUCAGGCUGAAGAAGAUGAUCUUACAAACCAAAACCAGCUGUUCACAAACCGUACAGAGAUGCAGCCUGACGCUCUGAGGACUGGACACGUCAGCCUCACUCUGAAACACAUUCAGCUGUAUGAUGGAGGCACCUACAGCUGUGGCGCCCGUGGGGGGGGGAGGCUGAACCAGACACAUGUACAGCUGAAGGUCAUCAGCAAGAAAGAAGCGGAACUCAGAGAACAAGUUACCCAGCAUGCCUUGGGAGUGGAGGUGAUUGAGGGGGCGGAGUCUGUGGUGCUGCCCUGUGGGGCCCCUCCUGGAUCUGCUUCCUCAGUGACAUGGAGCCGCUAUGAUCUGAUUCCCUCCAUCAUUCAUGUGCAUAAGAAGACAAGUCAGCUUGUUGAAAAAGAUGAUCUUGGAAACCAAAACCAGCUGUUCAAAAACCGUACAGAGAUGCAGCCUGACGCUCUGAGGACUGGACACGUCAGCCUCACUCUGAAACACAUUCAGCUGUACGAUGGAGGCACCUACAUCUGCACCGCCCGUGGGGGGGGGAGGCUGAACCAGACACAUGUACAGCUGAAGGUCAUCAGCAAGAAAGAAGCAGAACUCAGAGAACAAGCCAUUCAGCACCGAAACAUGUUAACCGGUGCGUUGAUCUUUAACUUCCUUUUGGUGGCGGUCCUCUUGGGACUUGGAGUUUACAGAAAAGGUCUGUCUGUGCUGACUGCUGCAGGUGUGCUGACUGCUGCAGGUGCAGCUGUGUUGCUGUGUGGACUGAUGGUUUCUGCAGGUGAGCUGAUGGAAGCCUCCUCUCUGUCUGUGCUCAGACUCUGCUGCCAUCUAGUGGUCUUCUGUCCGUACUGCGUCUCUACUGGUCUGAUGCUGUCCAUCUGCUGCGGCAGGAAGACGGGAAACCGAGCGGCCGUCUCCACGGAGAUGACCCGGCGGGUCGGAGGAAGCGGUGACAUCGCUGCUGAUGUCACCGCUGAGCACGCCUUCUGAGCUGUGAACACAGUGACAGCAGCUGUCUUUAACGUGGACAUGAGAGUUUCUACCAUCUGCUCUUAUGGAGACGCUGCUGGAGAGCUUUGUCUUCUAGUGUUUCUCAACGGGGGCGGUACAGACUCCCCAGGGGGCGUUGGAGGACGAUGGGGGGCGCUGG